AUGGCCAACCGAGACUUCUUCUUCUUCUACGCACCCACCUGGGAUUACCCGCCAGGCGGUCCAAUCAAGCUGGGCAAUGUCAUCACGUCUGUCAAGAACCCCCAUCGACCCCUCUUCUGCUCUCCGCCGCCCGAGGAAUCGGACGUCUUUAGGACUGAGAAGAAGAGCGUCCAGUACACCAAGGAGAAGCUGCGACGCGGCAAGUUCUCCAUCUUGACCAAGUUCCUCAGCGUUCUCGGGUUCGGUAUCGAUAUUGGCGCUGAGAUAGACCGGAGUGACGAGGAAACAUUUGUCUUUGAUACACUCGAGACGACGCAGUUCAUCCCAACUCCAUCAUAUGUCCAGACUUGCGUCGAAUCCAAGAAUGUCCGCCACUUUCUAGAGUCUUCCAAGUACCGCAAUCCCGUCUACAUCAUAACGGGCCUCAAAGUUGUCACAGGCGCUCAAGCCAACACGAUCAAGUCUCGAUCCGUGGGCGGCGCUGUUGGUGUGGAAGUAGAUGCUACCAUAUGGACUGGAGCAGCUGUUCCCGUCGGCGGUGGUCCUGGGGUGGAGGCCGAGGUCGGCAACAAGGUAAGUACCAUAUGGGAGGGCAGCAGUGACUUUGUGUUUGCGUUCCGCGUGAGCAAGGUCCGGGUGACAGGUCAGGGCCUGACCGAGGAGGAUCACCGUAAAGGAGCCAUGUUCGAGAGGGAGUAUACGAAGCCGAAAGACCCACAGCUAUCUGUGUUGGGGGUUGAACAGCCAGAUGCGCAGGCUGAAGGGUUUGACUUGGAGGAGCUGAUGGAUGAUGAGGAAGUGGUUUUCUGCGCCAUCCCAAGGAAGGAAGACUCUGACGACGACUGGUAG